UACGACUAUUUCAAUAUGACUUCUCAUACAUUUGAUGAAUUGCUUAAAUCUAUAACCCAGUACAUAGCUAAAAAUAAUAUCACAAGAGAUACAUUAUGUCCCGAAGAACGGCUUACUAUAACUUUGAGAUUCUUGUCAAGUGGACUAAGUUACAGAAAAAUUGCACAAGAGUUUCUUGUUGGAAAAUCGACGGUAUCGAAAAUAAUAAGUGAAACUGCAUGCAUUAUAUGGGAUAUUUUACAGCCACAGGAAAUGCCGGAACCUUCUGAAGAAUUGUGGCUAGAAAUAGCAAAACGAUAUUAUAAAAAAACCAACUAUCCUAAUUGUAUAGGAUCUAUCGAUGGCAAGCAUAUCCGUAUUAGAAAACCACCAAAAAGUGGGUCUAACUAUUUUAAUUAUAAGAAGUUCUUCUCAAUUGUUCUGUUAGCCGUAGCAGAUGCAAACUGUUCUUUUAUAGCUAUUGAUGUAGGUGCUUGCGGACGAAAUGCUGACAGUAAUAUAUUUAAAGAAAGUGGUUUUGGCAAAAAAUUGGCGUGUGGGUCUCUGAAGAUUCCUAACUCAACUAAAUUGCCUAAUUCAAAUGGAUUGCCCCAACCUUUCGUGUUUCUUGGAGAUGAGGCAUUUGGAUUACAAAAGCAUAUCUUGAGGCCUUUUCCUAAUAAAAGUUUAAAUAAGGAAGAGCGAAUUUACAAUUAUCGUCAUAGUCGAGCUAGGAGAUGCGUGGAAUGUGCAUUCGGCAUCCUAACAAGCAAAUGGAGAGUUCUGCAUACACCGAUCGCUACUAAUGUGAAUACAACCAUCGCUAUCGUAAAAGCCGUUUGUAUUUUACAUAAUUUUGUCAUAGCAAGAGAACAAGCACAAUAUGCACAUAUUUCGCGACGUACCUCAACAACUCUUACAAGUUCAAGGAGCCAAAUUAUUACUGUAUCAAAUUCUGGAAAAACAACAAGAGAAAACUUUAAAAACUAUUUUCUUAACGAAGGAAAGCUAUCCUGGCAAGAGAAAUAUUUGUAAGUUGUAGCUACAGGAAGAAAUAGUGUAACGGAGUGUGUAAAGCCGUAAAUACUAUGUAAAUUAUGAUACUUUGUUUUAUGUAGUGAGUGAUACAAGUAUAUUGUUGAAUAAAUAAUAAAUUCAUUAGAAUGGAA